GGAAGCGAGCGGGCAGCGGCGCGCGGGGCCGGGGCCGCGCGGGCAGGAUGGGGGACAGCGAUGACGAGUACGACCGGCGGCGCAGGGACAAAUUCCGGCGGGAGCGGAGCGACUACGACCGGUCCAGGGAGAGGGACGAGAGGAGGAGGGACGACUGGAGUGACCGGGACUGGGAGCGGGGCCGGGAGCGCCGCAGCCGGGAUUACCGGGACUACGACCGGACACGGCGGGAAAGGUUCUCCCCCCCCCGGCACGAGCUGAGCCCCCCCCAGAAACGGCUGCGCAGGGACUGGGAUGACCACGGCAGUGACCCCUACCACAGCGGCUACGAGCUGCCCUACAGCGGGGGCGGGGCCGGCCCCACCUACGGCCCCCCCCAGACGCCCUGGGGCCCCCACGAGAUGCAGCACCAGCUCCUGCAGCACCAGCUGCUGCCCAUCCAGGCCAGGCUGGGCACGAUCGCCGAGGUGGACCUGGGCCUGGCCCCGCCGGUGAUGAAGAGCUUCAAGGAGUUCCUGCUGUCGCUGGACGACGCCGUGGACGAGACGGAGGCGGUCAAGCGCUACAACGACUACAAGCUGGACUUCCGCCGGCAGCAGCUGCAGGAAUUCUUCCUGGCGCACAAGGACGAGGAGUGGUUCCGCUCCAAGUACCACCCGGAUGAGGCCGGGAAGCGGCAGCAGGAGGCCCAGGCCGCCCUCAGGAACCGCCUCGGGGUCUUCCUGUACCUGUGGGAGCAUGGCUGGUUCGACAACCUGCUCCUGGACAUCGACCGUGCCCCCCAGAUCAUCAAAACCCUCGAUGCAGCGGUGAUUAAGAUGGAGGGGGGAACAGAGCAUGACCUGCGGAUCCUGGAGCAGGAGGAGGAGGAGGAGCGGACAGAAAAGGCCGAAGGCCCCAAAAAGGAGGAGCCGCGGCCGCCAGAGCCCCCCGGAAGGGCCCCACUGAGCGCCCUGACGGCGACGACAGCGCCAAGGCCGAAGGGGCGGAGCCAGGGGCGGAGCCUGCGACAGGGGCAGGGCCGGAGGAGGAGGAGGAGGGGCCGGACAAGGGGCCCAAGGCCGAGGAAGGUGACAAGGAGGGCGGGGGCAAGGCGCGGGCCGCGUCAGCGCAGCCGGGACAGCGAGGACGGGGACAGUGACAGUGGGGACAGCGAGGGGGGGGCGCGGAGAGCCCAAAACAAGGACGAGGAGCCCAAGGAUGACAAAAGCCACCCUGAGGACGACGCCGGGACCCUUCCCCCUACGACCACCCCGUCCCCACCCCAAAAACCCAAGGAGGGGGUCCCGGGGGCAGCCCCGGGGGGGGUCCCGGACCCCAAACCCCGGCCCCUGCACAAAACCUGCUCUCUGUUCAUGCGGAACAUCGCCCCCAACAUCGCCCAGGCCGAGAUCGUGGCGCUGUGCAAGCGCUACCCCGGGUUCAUGCGCGUGGCACUGUCGGAGCCACAGCCCGAGAGGAGGUUCUUCAGGAGGGGCUGGGUGACCUUUGACCGCAGCGUGAACAUCAAGGAGAUCUGCUGGAGCCUGCAGAACAUCCGGCUCAGGGAGUGCGAGCUCAGCCCCGGCGUGAACCGGGACCUGACGCGCCGCGUCCGGAACGUGUCCGGCCUGACCCAGCACCGCCCCAUUGUCCGGCACGACAUCAAGCUGGCCGCCCGGCUGGUGCAGGCGCUGGACGCCCGCGCCCGGCUCUGGUCACCGCCAGGCACGGGCACGGCGGGACAGGAGCCGCCCGGGGACAGCGGGGACACCCACGGGGACACCGAGCCACCCCCUGCCACCGAGCCCGGGGCGCAGAACCCGGUGCUGCGGCACAUCACCGAUUACCUGAUCGAGGAGGUGAGCGCGGAGGAGGAGGAGCUGCUGGGCCAGGGCCAGGGCCAGGGCCAGGGCCAGGGCCAGGGUCCGGGGGCCACCCCCGCCGAGGACGCGGCGCGCGAGAGCCACCCGGCCGAGGUCACCGUGGAGCGCGACGAGAAGCUGCUCAAGGUGCUGGACCGGCUGCUGCUGUACCUGCGCAUCGUGCACUCCGUGGAUUACUACAACACCUCCGAGUACCCCAACGAGGACGAGAUGCCCAACAGGUGCGGGAUCAUCCACGUGCGGGGCCCGCUGCCCCCCAACCGUGUGUCCCACGGCGAAGUGUCCGAGUGGCAGCGCUUCGAGGCCCGGCUGGCCCCGCUGCUGGCCGGCCCCGGCGCUGUCCCCGAGGAGGAGGCGCUCAGGCUCGGCCGCAAGGACCCCGAGCAGGAGCUGGAGAAAUUCGUCAGCGCCAACACGCAGGAGCUGGGCAAAGACAAGUGGCUGUGUCCCCUCAGCGGCAAGAAGUUCAAGGGCCCCGAGUUCGUCCGCAAGCACAUCUUCAACAAGCACGGCGACAAGAUGGGCGCCGUCCGCAAGGAGGUUCUGUUCUUCAACAACUUCCUGAUGGACCCCAAGCGGCCGGCGCUGCCCGAGGGGGGCAAGGGCGGCCCCAACGCCGGCCCCAACGCCGGCCUGGCCCCGGGGGCGCUCCCGUACCCCCCCCAGUCCCCGCAGGGGUUGAUGCCCUAUGGGACCCCCCGGCCCCCCAUGCUGGGCUACGGAGGCUCCCACCCGUACCCCCCCGGGCCCUACGGGGGUCGCGGCAGCUACGAAACCUUCCGGGGCCAGGGGGGGGCCGGGGGGGGGUACCUGAACAAACCCCGCAGCAGGUGAGGGGAACCCCAAAAUGGGGCAAGAACCCGAAACUGGG